AUGGUUUCACAAGAUCACCAACAACUCUCUUCGGCUGUUAUUUGUGAAAGCAUCUUACAAAUGGUAACAACAGAUCCCACAAUAUCAGUUUCAGUAUUGAUUGCACAUAUACGCUCUCGGUACACAUAUACCACUACUUAUAGAAAGACAUGGAUUGCAAAACAAAAGGCCAUUGAGAUAAUAUACGACAAUUGGGAGGAAUCAUAUAAAGAGCUUCUAAGGUGGAUUCUUGCUUUCAAACAUUAUCUUCUAGGUACUGUUACCGAUAUUGAAGUGGGGCCCUUUAUUGAGGAUGGCCAACGAGUUCCUAGCAAAGCUGUCUUUCAUCGUCUCUUUUGGAGUUUCCAACCAUGUAUUAGAGGGUUUGAUAAUUGUAAACCAGUUGUUUCAGUUGAUGGAACAUGGUUAUAUGGGAAGUAUCAUGGGACCUUACUAAUGACAAUCGCUCAGGAUGGUGAUGGUCAUACCAUUCCUAUAGCAUACACCAUUGUUGAGGGUGAAACAUCAGAUGGUUGGUUUUUCUUCCUCAGUCGUUUGCAAAUGUUUGUCACACCUCAACCCAACCUUUGCUUGAUUUCAGAUAGACAUGAGUCGAUUAAAAGUGUUGUUAGGCGUGUAAACAACAAUUGGCAUCAUGUCUUUUGCGUUCGACAUAUAUCACAAAACUUCAUAAGGACCUUCAAAAAUGGGCUAAUGAAAGAUAUUGUAGCCAGCGUGGGAUACGCUAUGACUCAACCAAGCAUCACAUACUUUAGAAGACAAAUCAGUGAUUGGAGUCAAGAUGCAGUGAAAUGGCUCGACGAUACUCCAAAGGAACAAUGGCUACAAUCAUAUGAUGAAGGUAGACGUUGGGGACACAUGACAACUAACCUUUCUGAGUGCAUGAACAAUGUAUUAAAGGGGACACACAAUCUUCCAAUCAGUUCUUUAGUGCAAACAACAUACUACAGAGUGACUGUAAAAUUUGAAGAAAGAGGGACACAUGUCCAAGCAAUGAUGACAUCAGGUUUGAUUUACUCAAAUACAAUCAUUCAAAAUCUUAACAAGGAACGAUCAAUGUCAAAUUCCCAUGAAGUUGUUAUUCAAAAUCGAGCCCAUAGUAUAUUUACAGUUAAGGAGUUGGUUCGUCCACCAAGCGGUCGUCCUGUAGGGACAUUCAAGGUAGACCUCGACAAAAGAUGGUGCGAUUGUGGUGAAUUUCAAGCAUUACACUAUCCAUGUUCACAUGUCAUUGUCGCUUGUUCGUUUAUUCACCGUGACUACAUGAUGUAUGUGUCUUCUAAGUAUACAUUGCAAUGUAUCUUUGACGUUUACAAAUUGAUCAAAUUAGAUAGUAUCACUAAUAAUUGA